CCAACUAGUUAACAAGCAAGUGUUCAAACGUGCAGGAAACUUCAACCAUUUGGUUUUUACACCUUUCCCGUUCAUUUGGCUCUCCCCAUGAAGUGUCCAAAUCCAUCUAUAUAUAUGUGAUUGUUCAACUACCCUUAUCCUUCACCACUGUGUUUUCAAAUUCUAGCUAUUACUACCUUGCAUUAAGACCAAGCUAACAAUCAAUCUAGCUUAAUUUUGAGAGCAAAAUUGAAACAUGGCUUCUAGGGACAAGACAGAGGACCCUGAGCACAGAUUAUCUUCAACUCCAAUUCCAGCUCCUGCUGCUGGUGUUGAUUACUUUCACUUUGAUUUGAUCCUAAGGUUUCUCUUGUUUGCAUCAUCACUGGUUGCAGUUGUGGUCAUGGUUACUAGUAACCAAACUGAAUAUGUACCUUUGCCUAGGCCAGCCAAGUUCAGAUACUCACCAGCUUUUAUAUAUUUUGUGGCUGCAUUCUCCGUUUCUGGACUCUAUAGUAUCCUCACAGCUCUUGCAUCACUCUCUGUCAUCCGAAAACCUGCCCUUAAAACCAAGUUCCUCCUCUAUUUUCUGUUCUGGGAUGCGCUGAUAUUGGGGAUAUUAGCUUCAGCAACAGGCACAGCUGGGGGUGUGGCAUAUGUGGGCUUGAAGGGAAACAACCAUGUGGGUUGGCAUAAAAUUUGCAACGUCUAUGAUAAGUACUGUAGGCAUGUUGGUGGCUCCAUUGGAGUGGGUUUGGUUGGAAGCAUUGUGUCGGUCUUGCUCGUCUGGCUUUCUGCUUUCAGUCUUCAUAGUCGAGUUCCCCAAUAGGUGGAAGGAACAAGGAUCACUCUGAACAUUCAUGCAUUCAUUUCUUAGUAACAUUGUUUACAAAUAUAGUCAGUGUCUUUAAGUAUUUGUUAUAGUGUGUAGAUGACUAGUGUGUUUCCGAAUGCGGGGGAUGAUUAUUUUUGUAAAUGUGUGUUUUCCAUGAAGGACCUUUGGUUGUAUUCUACAUUCUAUUUAUGUCAUACAUGAUUUGCAA